GUGCUGGGUGCUGGGGCCCUGGUCUGGGCCUGCCUGUGGCUCUGCUGGGGGGGAUGCCCAGUCCAGGCCUACCUGGCUGCAGGGAAGUUCUGCCAGGCGCCAUUUUGCAGCUUCUGCAGGAGUUGCCCUUCAUCCGGAGCAGGCUGGAGCUCUACGAGGGGCUGAAGAAAGAGAGCGACGCGCUUCUCCGCUCUAGAGCGUCCGGCCAGAGUCGGACAAUCAGAAUCGCGCUUUCCGAUGGGAAGGUGGUGGAAGGACAGGCCUGGAAUACGACGCCACACCAGAUCGCUGUGGGUCUCAGCCAAGGAGUCGCUGACAGCGCCGUCAUCGCCAGAGUGAAUGGGGAAUUGUGGGACCUCGACCGGCCGAUGGAAGGAGAUUCCACCUUGGAGCUACUGACGUUUGAGAACGAAGACGCCCAGGCGGUUUAUUGGCAUUCAAGUGCCCAUAUUCUUGGUGAAGCCAUGGAAAAUUAUUACGGGGGAUAUUUAUGUUAUGGACCUCCCAUUGAGAACGGCUUCUAUUACGACAUGUACAUGGAAAACAGAGGGGUAUCAAGUAUGGAAUUUCUUACUCUGGAGAACAUUUGCAAAAGCAUCAUAAAGGAGAAGCAGCCCUUUGAAAGGCUAGAAGUCAGGAAAGAAGAUUUGUUGGAGAUGUUUAAAUAUAACAAGUUUAAAUGUCGGAUCCUGAAUGAGAAAAUCCACACGCCGACAACAACUGUUUACAGGUGUGGUCCCUUGAUUGACUUAUGCAAAGGCCCUCAUGUGAGACACACUGGGAAAAUAAAGGCCUUAAAGAUCAUUAAGAACUCAUCCACCUAUUGGGAGGGAAAAGCCAACAUGGAAACCUUGCAACGAAUUUAUGGAAUCUCUUUCCCGGAGGCCAAAAUGAUGAAAGAGUGGGAGAAGUUCCAGGAGGAAGCCAAAAACCGGGAUCACAGGAAAAUCGGCAAGGAACAAGAGCUCUUCUUCUUCCACGAUCUGAGCCCUGGAAAUUGUUUCUUUCUUCCCCGUGGAGCUUUUGUUUACAAUACACUCAUGGAUUUCAUCAAAGAAGAGUAUCAGCGGCGGAAUUUCACAGAAGUCAUUUCACCCAAUAUCUACAACAGCAAAGUUUGGGAAACCUCAGGCCACUGGCAGCAUUACAGCGAAAACAUGUUCUCUUUUGAGGUGGAAAAAGAAAUCUUUGCCCUGAAGCCCAUGAACUGCCCUGGACACUGCCUGAUGUUUGCUCAUCGUCCUCGGUCUUGGAGGGAGAUGCCGCUAAGACUUGCUGAUUUUGGCGUGCUUCACCGUAAUGAACUUUCGGGGACCCUGAGUGGUCUGACGCGGGUUCGACGCUUCCAACAAGAUGACGCUCACCUCUUCUGCACGAUGGAGCAGAUUGAAGAGGAGAUGAAAGGAUGCCUCUGUUUCUUGCAGUCCGUCUACGCUGUUUUUGGUUUUACCUUCCAGCUGCAUCUUUCCACAAGACCCAACCACUUCCUAGGAGAGAAGGAGAUCUGGGAUCAGGCAGAGAAGCAACUCCAGAACAGCUUGGAUGACUUUGGUGAGCCCUGGAAGCUCAAUCCGGGGGAUGGAGCAUUUUACGGCCCCAAGAUUGAUAUUACAAUCAAAGAUGCUAUUGGCCGAUACCACCAGUGUGCUACGAUCCAGCUUGACUUCCAGCUACCCAUUCGAUUUAAUCUUACUUACGUUGGAAAAGAUGGCAACGACAAGAAAAGGCCCAUAAUCAUCCACAGAGCAAUUUUGGGCUCAGUGGAGCGAAUGAUUGCUAUUCUGGCAGAAAACUACGGCGGAAAAUGGCCUUUCUGGCUCUCCCCUCGACAAGUCAUGGUGGUCCCCGUUGGCCCCACCUGUGAAGAAUACGCCCGGCAGGUCUGCAGUGACACCUCUGAAGCUGGAUUUAUGGCUGACGUUGAUCUGGAUCAGAGCUGCACGUUAAAUAAGAAGAUAAGAAAUGCACAGCUGGCCCAGUAUAAUUUCAUUUUCGUGGUUGGAGAGAAGGAAAAAGCAGGCAAUGCUGUCAACGUGCGAACCAGGGACAACAAAGUUCACGGAGAAGUUUUGGUGUCUUUUGCCAUUGAGAAACUAAGGAAGUUGAAAGCGUCACGUACUUUACACGCGGAAGAAGAAUUCUAGUCGUCCCCACAAAAAAUGAAGAAUACUGGCCGUGUCCUGAAUGAAUGUGGUUACUUGGAGCUAAGUCUCACUGAAUUUGGUGACCUUUACUUUCAGGAAGUGCGCUUGGAAUUGCAACCUUGGAUUAUUGCCCUUGCCUGACGCUGCAGUAUUUCCUGACGCUGAAGUGUAUCGGGGACGCCAGUUCUCUUGAAGUGUGAAAAAUUGAAACUGCUUUUAGAUUCUCUUGACUGUUUGCAUGCCUGUUUCUCAAAAGGAAAACAGAGUCCCACAGAAAAUGGCUUGUGUCUCAUGUAGCACAAGAGUUUCCUUUUGUGAAUAUUUAUAAGUGUGGUUGCUGCUACUGAUUGGUGGGGGGACAGAAUACCCCCUCCCUCCAUGAACACUUAGAAAUAUUUAGACUCUGAGCUGCCUUCUUUAUAGGCAACUUAGCUAAAUCAUGUUAGUUUCCCUCAUCAUAUGUUCUAAGUAGAAACAAGAUCUUAGAAUGAAAGCCAGUUUGGUGUAGUGGUUAAGCAUUGGGCUAGAAACCGGGAGACCCUGAGUUCUAGUUCCGCCUUAGCAUGAAGCCAGCUGGG